AUGUUCGACCUAAACAGCGGCUGGAACUUGUCUUUUGCCGGGUGCGGGUUUCUGGGGAUCUAUCACAUCGGAGUGGCCAGCUGUCUGCUGGAGAAGGCUCCGUACCUCGUGAGGGGGGCGGCCCGGCUGUACGGGGCCUCUGCCGGGGCUCUGACCGCCUCCAUGCUCGCCAGCCAGGCAUGUAUCGCUAAAUGCUGUGAGGACGUUAUCGAGGUGGCGAAGGAAGCCAGGAAAAGAAACCUCGGCCCACUUCACCCAACCUUCAACCUGGUGAAGGUCCUGAGGUCCGGCCUGAAUCGGGACCUGCCGUCUGAUGCACAUGUCCUGGCCUCAGGAAGGCUGUGCGUGUCACUGACCCGGGUGUCGGAUGGGGAGAACGUGUUGGUGUCUGAGUUUGGCUCCAAAGAGGAGCUCAUACAGGCACUCAUCUGCAGCUGUUUCAUUCCCAUCUAUUGUGGGCUGAUCCCUCCGUCCUUCAGAGGAGUGAGGUACGUGGAUGGCGGGAUCAGUGAUAACCUGCCACAGUCGGAGAUGAAGAACACCAUCACCAUCUCUCCCUUCUCUGGAGAAAGUGACAUAUGUCCUCGGGACAACUCCACGAGCUUCCACGAGCUGCGCUUCACUAACACCAGCAUCCAGAUGAACAUGGGCAACUUGUAUCGACUCAGCAGGGCUUUGUUUCCCCCAGAACCUAAAGUCCUGGCAGAGAUGUGUCAGAGUGGUUAUAAAGAUGCUCUCCGCUUCCUUGAGGAGAACAACCUGCUAAUGCUGGUGUGUCCCAGCCCCGGCCUUCCACACAGCUCUGUGAGCUGCUGCAACAGGCCAUCUGCUGAAACAACCAAAGAAUGGGUGCUUCGGAGACUCCGUCUGCUGCAUCAGAAGAAGCACUGGUGGCUGGAUGAACAGAUCGCUCUGCCUACUCCAAUAAAAAAAGUGUUCUGUGAAGCCUGCCAAGACAAAGCUGGUCUCUACGCCAAGGUGUCUGGGAUGCUGCCAUUAAGAGUAGCCUCCUACAUGCUCAUGCCAUACACUCUACCUGUUCAGUCAGCGUAUUCUGUGGCCCAGAGGUAA